UAUCUAAUCCACUCCACAACGCUCAGUACCCUUAACACCAAACCCCUCCCUAUUACCCAUGGAAGGCUUCACUUGGGUUUCCUACGCCGCCGUGUGGCUCGCCACGGUGGCUCUCAUCCUCCUCUCUCAACGUCUCCGCCGCCGAAAACUAAACUUACCACCUGGCCCAAAAUCCUGGCCCAUAAUCGGAAACCUCAACUUAAUAGGCCCAUUGCCACAUCGCUCCAUUCACGAGCUCUCCAAGAAGUAUGGCCCCAUCAUGCAACUCUAUUUUGGGUCAUACCCAGUGGUGGUUGGCUCCUCCGUAGAUAUGGCCAAAGCCGUCCUCAAAACCCAAGACGUUAACUUCGCCGGGCGUCCCAAAACAGCAGCCGGAAAGCACACAACCUACAACUACUCCGACAUCACAUGGUCACCUUACGGCGCGUACUGGCGACAGGCCCGAAAAAUGUGCCUGAUGGAACUGUUCAGUGUUCGAAGACUAGACUCAUACGAGUACAUAAGGAAGGAAGAAAUGAACGCCUUGCUCAAAGGCUUGUAUGCGUCUGCAGACAAGCCUAUCACGCUGAAAGAGCACCUCUCCAAUGUGAGCCUUAACGUAAUAAGCCGAAUGGUGCUUGGGAAAAAGUACACAGACGAAUCUGAAAAAGCCAUCGUUUCACCGGAAGAGUUCAAGAAAAUGCUAGAUGAGCUUUUCUUGCUUAGUGGAGUCCUUAACAUCGGUGACUCGAUACCUUGGCUCAAUUUCUUGGACCUUCAGGGCUACAUCAAGAGAAUGAAGGCUCUGAGCAAAAAGUUGGAUAGGUUUUUAGAACAUGUUCUGGAUGAACAUAACGAACGAAGAAAGGGUGUCAAGGAUUACGUGGCCAAAGAUAUGGUCGACGUGCUUUUACAGUAUGCUGACGAUCCAACUCUUGAGGUCAAGCUUGAAAGACAUGGCGUUAAGGCUUUUACCCAGGACUUAAUAGCAGGUGGAACAGAGAGCUCGGCAGUGACAGUGGAAUGGGCAAUUUCAGAGAUGUUAAAGAAGCCAGAGAUUUUCAACAAGGCAACUGAAGAAUUAGACACAGUGAUCGGAAGAGAGAGAUGGGUUGAAGAGAAGGACAUAGAUCAAUUACCCUACAUUAACUCUGUCGCCAAAGAGAUCAUGAGAUUGCACCCGGUGGCACCCAUGUUGGUGCCAAGGUUGACCCGCGAGAAUUGUCAAGUGGCGGGUUAUGACAUUCCCAAGGAUACAAGGGUCCUGGUGAGUGUGUUUACCAUAGGGAGGGACCCCAGUUUGUGGGAUCAGCCUGAAGAGUUUAUGCCAGAGAGGUUUCUAGAUAAGUCAAUAGAUGUGAAAGGCCAUGAUUUUGAGCUCCUUCCAUUUGGGGCUGGUAGACGUAUGUGCCCCGGUUACAGUCUUGGUCUAAAGGUGAUUCAGUCCAGUUUGGCUAAUCUCUUGCAUGGAUUCACAUGGAGCUUACCACCCAACAUGAAGAUAGAGGAUUUGGACAUGAACGAAAUUUUUGGGCUUUCAACACCCAAGAAGAUCCCUCUUGUUGCAAUUUCAAAGCCUCGACUUUCACCUCAUCUUUAUGACCUGUAAUCAGGUUAUUUAUGGGCUUGGUUGGGCUUAUUUAAGUUAAAAACAAAAUCUCGAAUAAUAAAUCCUUGUAUUUGGGGUUGGGAUCCAAUUUCAUAAAACAAAAAUGUGUGCUUCUUAAUAUUUUGAUCAUCGAGGCCAGCCAGUAGUGUAUACUAGCUCAAAAUAAGUUCAAAAGUACUGAGGGUUGUUUGUUUGAUGCACUUAAUAAUUAUAAUUAUAAGCAAGUAAAUUAUAUAAUAAGUGCCUUAUUUCUAUGCAA